CGAAGAGCGGUGAAUAAUCGUCGGCGUCUCUUGCCUGUCAUUGAGCCAAGGCCAGAAAUAAGAUCGGGGGAGGAAAUGCGCCACAUUUUGCAGCGCGGACCUCUUAGGAGCCAGGAAAAUCCAGUUUCUGUACAGAAUUCUUGCUGAAACACCAAUACUUUUUUCAUUCAGGAAGAUAAAGCUGAAGACACUGAUUAUGCAUGACAACGUUUAUAACUGAAAGUUGCCCUAAGUUCUUGGAGUCAGAUGCCCAUGGCAAUGAAAAUUAUAUUGAUCCUGUCACCACCAGGUUAGAGAAGUGCCUGCAAGAAUCUUUCCAGAGACACUUCUUUGCCUUUUGUCUUGUUAAAAAAACUCCCAAAGAUAUAGCUGUCUUGACUAAAAAUAAAAUGGAGGCCUUAGAAGUUGAUGACAUCAGUCCAGCCUUGGAGGUGACUGAAGACUUCUUCAGUACCUUUGAUGCUAAGCUGGAAAAUGUGCAGCCACUGGAAGUUUAUGGAAUUCAGGAGAUUCCUGAACUGGUUGGAUGUGAAGCAUUUAAUAAAAUCCCAGGCUGUGGAGAUUUAAGGAACAUUGCUUCUUUAGGGAAGAAUAACCUUGUUUGGGCACAUUGCAAAAAUGGAGUUUCAGAAACCAAAGUAGAGACUGCAUUUCCUGCCAAAGAACAGUUUAGAGUGCAAAGGGGAAUGGUUCCAGACAACCUCUCCUGGGCUGAACAGGGGGAAGCUUCAACUUUUAAUAUCUUUAACAUCUGCCAGAGGAGGAAGGAUCGGCCCCGUUCUGUGAAUGAUGUUAUAGCACAAAAUGAGGAAACUUCCUCUUUCAAACCAGGCCAUAACCGGUCACAUUCUGAUAUCAGCAACAUAGAUUGGGGUAUCAUCUUCAAUGGUGCCUCUCCACAGCAGCUGUCUAAUCAGGCAAGCCAAUGUUCUAAACAUUCAUUUACACCAACUGGAUUCAAAAAGGGAAAAGACAUUCAAGGGAAUACUGAGCACAAGCCUACGUUUUCAAACAUCUUGAAGAAAGGGUAUGUAGAAAUUAAGAACAACCAUGGCAGUUACUGGCAGGCUUGUUAUGCAGAACUCUCUCCAUAUGAACUUUGUCUGUAUCAGCUUGACAAAAGCGGCAACCAGAACCUUCCAACAGUCUAUCUGCUUUUGCACUUCCAAAGCAUCAAUGUGGAAACCAGUGUAGUUGAUGCAGUCCUGUUCAAUAAUUUGCACCUGCAACUCAAAGCAGAAUCACCUUGGGAAGCUUUGGACUGGGGGCAAAAGCUUCGGCAAGCUGUUCAUUCUUCAGUUCCGUCAUUUCUGAGGCCAAAAGGAGACUUGAUGAACUCACAGAAGUUAGAUAAUACUGAGAGCAGCCUCACUCAAAACCAUGGCUUACAGAAGGAGCCUGCUGAAUUUUUCCAGUUGACAUCUUUGACCCCAGACAUCAAGGACUACCAAAGCAUUAUCAAAUCAGGGAUUCUUUACAGAUUGACUCUCCAGAAUAACUGGAAAGCAUUCCAUUUUGUACUCAGUGGGUCUCUUCUCAUGGCAUUUCAGAUUGGUGGGCUUGAUGAGGACCCUCUGUGGAGCUACAAUAUUGAGGCAUGCCUCUCUGUUCAAACUGAUAUUCUGGAUGAUUGUGACUCUUGUUUUCAGGUGAUCUUUUCUCAAGAUGUGCUUCGUCUGCGUGCAGAAACCCUUCAAAGAGCUCAGGAAUGGAUGGAGGCUUUGAAGGCUGCAACCAGAGCAGCAAGCUUAGGGCAAAACCUUCAGGUGACACUUAGAAACAAAGUUCAAGGCCUCUCUUGUGGAAAAGAACAUAGGAAGAUCAAGCGCCAGUCAGUCACUACCAGUUUUCUGAGUAUUCUAACUACCUUGUCCCUGGAAAGAGGCCUAACUGCUCAGAGUUUCAAGUGUGCAGGUUGUCAGCGUUCUGUUGGCUUAAGCAGUGGAAAAGCAAAGGUAUGCAACUACAGUGGAUGGUAUUACUGCAGCAUCUGUCACGUUGAUGACACCUUUCUAAUUCCUGCACGGCUAGUUCAUAACUGGGACACUUCAAAAUACAAGGUAUCAAAGCAAGCCAAAGAGUUCCUGGAAUAUGUUUAUGAAGAGCCCCUGAUUGACAUCCAGCAAGAAAAUCCUAUAUUGUACAAACAUGUUGAGCCAUUGGCAAGUGUGGCCCGUCUGAGACAGCAACUGAAAUCCCUCCGAGCCUAUUUAUUCAGCUGCAGAGCAGCAGUAGCCGAAGACCUGCGAAGGAGAAUUUUUCCCAGAGAGUAUCUUCUUCAGCAGAUCCAUCUAUAUUCUCUGGCAGAUCUACAGCAGGUUAUCGAAGGGAAGCUGGCCCCUUUCCUUGGGAAAGUAAUAAAAUUUGCUACCUCCCAUGUAUACAGCUGCAGCCUUUGUAGUCAAAAGGGAUUCAUCUGUGAGAUCUGUAAUAAUGGUGAAAUUCUGUACCCCUUUGAGGACAGUUCUACAAGCAGGUGUGAAAGCUGUGGUGCUGUCUUCCAUUCAGAAUGCAAAGAGAAGGCCAUUCCAUGCCCCAGGUGUGUGAGGAGAGAGCUACAGAUGAAGCAGAAAUCUUUUUGGAGAAGACUGAAUAUGGAUGAAAGCCUGGAAGAGGCCUGCAACAUGUUUGAAUUGUCCUAUCAGAAUACAUGAUUUACUGGGGAGAUGUGGCAACUGACACCCUUUCCCAGCAUGGAAUGAAUGCUUCUAAGGCACUGGUUAAUUGCCAGGCAGAAAACGUUACUACAAAAAGAUUUAUAUGUAUCUUUUGUUCCUGAGAGGCUGGAGUUCAAAAUGCUAAGAAAAUCAAAGGCUAAAUUGUACUUACGAACUUUAAGGAACCAACUGGUCUUAUACCAAAAGCAGUUUACUUGAAAUAUUUACUAUUGUCUUUAAAUAUAUGGCAGUCCUUACAACCUCUGUAAGCCAAGUGCUAAAACUUGCCUAGGUCUUACGUUAAUGUUCCAGAUUACUAGAGAAACCACUUUCAGUGAUGAAAUAUUCACGGUUUUAUACCUGCACAACUUUCCAGUUUGCACACAAAUCAUUAAUUCAGAUUCUGAUUGUUUUCCCACAUGUAACACCAUAAAGCAUGAACAUUUAAUCUCCUUUGAUGUUAAAUAAUGUACACUGCUUUGCUCAUACCUUGUAGAAGAAAACAUUUUUUCUACGAAACUUUCUGCUGUUGGAUGAUGGAACUGGCAUCUGUCAUUUUGCUGUAUUUAACAUUCAUAUUCUGUCUGCUGGUACAUAUACUAAGGCUCUGAGUACUGUAGCAGAGUCGGGAAGAGCUUGAACGCUUCAUCCAGAAAGUGAGAUUUCCUGUAUUAUUUCAAUUCUGCACUAAGAGGCACUGGGACAUAUGGUUUAACCAUUUACAUGCAACACUUGGAAAUAAUGACAAUAUUACAAAAAAUAGUUCUAAGUCAAUCUUUGGACUUGUGAUACUCCCUCCCUUUUUUGACACAGCAAAGAGAAGGCUGGAAGCUUUUACUUCUGCUUUCGACUAACCAUGGUUUAACGUAUUCCAGUCCAGGCAGCAAACGGGGAUUGUUGUUUACUAUGAUUAAUUGAAACAAGCAAUCUUUAAACUUUGAUUUUAAUGUCUUUGUUACUAUAGUGAAGGACAGUACAGGGCCAAAUCUUGCAUAGGGUUUGUAAUUACAAAUCUGGCCUAGUACUGGUAUAUAACAGAUCAGGAGUAGCCGGUUAAUUUGUGCAGGCAGGGCAACACAUUUUUAUUUGUCUCUUUACUUCCUCCCCUCAAACUGGAAGUUACUUUCUGUAGAAAUGGAACAUGUCCCAUGUUGAUUUGUUAUGGGCUGGCUGCUGGCAGUUGCACAUAUGGAAGAACCUCCUAAGCAAUGCAGUCAGCAGAGGGCAGGCAGAGUGACUAGGAGAACCCAAAUGGAUGGAUGGAUGGAUGGAUGUAUUUAUUAAAUUUCUGUAGCCACCCAUCCCAUGCUUGUUGGUGAUGUGCUGGUUGGUUCUUCUGGGCUUGUUGGCACCCAGCUUGUAUGUGCGACUAGGCUAACUGUAGCUGAUACUCAUAAGGAAUGGCCGUCUGCUUUGUCUUGAAGUUACUUCCGUAUCUGUGUAGAGCGAUGUGUUUGUUGGCAAGCUGAUGCCCAAAUAUGUGCAUUGAGCCUUGUUUUUGUUGGUUCUUUUAUUUGGGCACAGGCUCACUGAGUAGAAGGUAGCAGAAAGAGGGCGGAGAGAGAGAGAAUAAAUAACCUGCUUUGUUUUGUGUUGUGUUGUUUUGAUGUUUGCUUUGGGGAGGGGGGUCUUGGGAGUCUCUAAUUAUUUUAAUUUUUUUAAGGCAGCUUGGGCAAGUGAAUCAAGCAUGUGGAAUGUCCUGGUCUUUGACCAUAAUAAAGAUUUCUUUGUUUGUUUAUGUGGAAA